UUUAGUUAAGAACUCAACAGAAGUGGACAUGAAAGAAAGAAUGAAGUUCUCAUAUUUUUUCUUUAUUUUAAUUUUUGCAAGUUCCUUUAAUUUAAUUUUAUCACAAAAGAACAAUUUUUCGCAUAGAGAUUGGUUGAGAAAAUCAGCUAAUUCUUUGGCGGAAGUUUGUGCAAAAGCUGGAUGUGUUCGUGGAAAAGUUGAAAGUGGAAGAGUGAAGCCUUACGAAGCUUUCUACAGUAUUCCUUACGCUGAACCUCCAGUUGGAAAGCUCAGAUUUGAAAAUCCCGUACCUAAAAGUGGUUGGUCAGGAUACUGGGAUGCUACCUUCUUCCGGGGGGUUUGUCUGCAGGAUCACAAUAUUUAUCCUGAUCCAAUAAGAGGAUCAGAAGACUGUCUCUACCUCAACGUUUAUCGACCUGUCUAUAGGAAGAAAGGUGUUAAAAUGCCCGUGAUGGUUUUUAUCCAUGGAGGAUCCUGGCUGGAUUUCUCCUCUAGUCCAACACAAUUCGGUCCUGAAUAUCUAAUGGACAACGGGGAAGUAAUCUUAGUGACGCUAAACUACCGGCUGGGGCUCUUUGGCCUUCUCUGCUCAGGGGAUGAAGCUGUUAAGGGAAAUUUCGCCUUCAAAGAUCAACAACUCGCCAUGAAAUGGAUUGUGGAUAAUAUUGAAUACUUUGGGGGAGACGCCGAAUCGAUCACACUUAUUGGCCAAAGUGCUGGUGCUGCGUCUGUUCAUUUGCAUAUGAUGAACCCAACGUCUCAGGCGCUCUUCCAUCGAGCUGUUCUUAUGAGUGGAACCGCGAUAAGUCCGUGGAAUUACUUGAAAGAUUUCAAAACUCAAUUCCGACAAGCUGCUCAAUUCGUUGGACUUGCAGAUUGGGAAACAGCCACAACUUUUGAAUUAGCCGCUCAGCUAAAGGAGGUUGAUGCUUUGACCUUCGUUGAGAUUAUUAAUAGAUUCUAUCUUUUUGUCCUAACACCACCAAAUCCACUGGGUUUCUGCAUUGAAGGAGACUGGGAGGAUGCAUUCCUUCAGGAGAAUCCUCGCAUACUUUGGGCAGAAGGGAAGUACUUCCCAAAACCCAUCCUAAUUGGAACAACAUCAAAUGAAGGACUUCUGGCAGCGGUUGUAACACGGAAUGAAACCUUUCUAACCAUAUUCAACGAGAACUUUUACAAUUUCCUCCCGGUUGUAUUUUCCAUGUAUCCGAGAUAUGUAACUGAUGUUGUGAAUUACUAUCUAGGUGGUCAAGAUUUCAUAGAUAGUACCAAUGAAGGACAAGUAUUCAAAAUGGCUACAGAUAGGCUGUUUGUAUAUCCGAUGAUAACUCUCGUUAGGCAAUUCCUAGAAACAGCUGAUGUGCAGGAAGAUCCUAUAUACAUUUACGAAUUCGCAUUUAAGAGCGCUUAUACAUUCCUCAAAUACUUUUCUGGCCAAGACAUAAACUUAGGCGUAUGUCACAUGGAUGACGUAUUCUACCUGUUUACAAUGUCAGACUUUAUUCCAAUAUUCAAUACAACUUCCCCAGAAGGAAGAAUGGUGGACACGUACGUUCGAACAAUGGUUAAUUUUGCCACAAGAGGGGAAGUUAAGGACUGGAGGAGAUAUAGACCCUGCACAGCCUCAACGUCAACUCCGUUCUGUGAUCGUCAGAUUUUCUACAGAUACACUGAGCUUGAUCCAAACCAAGUUAUGGUCUCAGUUUCCAAUAAAAUCGAUGAAGGGAUGGUGAAACUGUGGAAUAGGAUUGAUAAUGGCAUCAAUGCCAUUACUGAAGAUUAAAAUUAGCUAAAUUUUAUUUGAGGAGUUUUUCAAGCGGUGGUUAAUAAAUUAAUAAAGAGUUUACAGGAAGGCGAAUUGACGACUAUUCCUUAAUUACACGAAUAUUUAAGAUUGAUCCAGAAGAAUUGCCGAUUGUUUUAUAAUUAUUACGAAUAAUUUAAAUUUUUUUUUCCAAUAAUACAGAACAGACGAAUUUAUUCUUCUGAAAUAAAAUAUUAUUCCUUAAUGAUCCGGAA